AUGCCGAAGAACAAUCGGCCUCCAACCACAGGCUAUGCUCGCAUUGCCCAGGCAGAGGAGUCGGACGAUUCAGACAACGAUGACCAUGAUCUCUCAAACAGUUACCCAACCUUGCAUCAAGCCUCUGCUCCACGCUAUGCCCCCAUCACGCAACCUCGCCCUCACGGUGGCAUGUACACAGAUGGCAUCACAUCGCCAACAGUUCCACGAAGACAGCCAAAUCGAAGACGAAUGGGAAGCACUUCAUCGGGGGUGGAUAUCAAGGCCAUAAAUGCCCGGCUAGAAAGAUGGGCAGAUGAAAUCGCUUCCAAGUUCAAGAUCCACAAAGUCAAGGGCAAGACAGCUGAAGAGGAGAAAUUGGAAAUACACCAUUCAGUCUUUCAGGCCCCCGAGGGCGUACGGCCCGCAACCGCUGAAACCCUCGCCUCGGAUGUCGACAAUGGCCGGAUGAUGGAUUCGGAAUUCGACUCCAUAGUUGAGAGUGUUAGAGUUGCCAUCGAGCAGGGUAUACAUCCGUUAAUGAUCUCUCAAGGGAGCUCUGGCAGUUACUUUGCCAGGAACAGUGAUGGAAAAGUAGUCGGGGUCUUCAAGCCCAAGGACGAGGAACCAUACGCAGCGGGGAAUCCGAAAUGGAAUAAAUGGAUACACCGCAAUCUCUUUCCGUGCUUUUUUGGGCGGGCGUGCCUGAUCCCUAAUCUGAGCUAUGUCUCUGAAGCCGCGGCAUACACAUUGGAUUGCAGGCUACGUACGGACCUCGUUCCAUACACAGGUAUAGUGCACCUCUCCUCGAAAUCUUUCCAUUACGAUUUCUGGGCUCGGAGAAGUUUCUACAGGAAGAAAAGGGCUCUGCCACCAAAAGUUGGGAGCUUCCAGGUAUUUCUAAAAGGAUACAAAGACGCGAAUAUUUUCUUGCGGGAGAACCCUUGGCCGGAUCACUCCACGGGGCCAUAUAGACCUAGCGACCCGCGGAAAAAAGGCAAAAGUUGGAGGAAGACCUGUAGGCCUAUCGGCUCUCACUCGGACGAUGAGGAUGACGAGGAAGAGGUUCCAAUGGCACCCGCAUCUGUGGGGGGCCAUAGUAGACAGUUUAUGUGGACGGAUGCGUUACAACAAUCUUUCCGGGAAGAGCUUGAGAAACUUGUCGUUUUGGACUAUAUAAUGCGCAAUACAGACAGAGGUUUAGAUAACUGGAUGAUCAAGGUGGACUACGAUACUCAAAAUGUGUCCAUUGUGUCGAAGCCUCCCCAGCUUGAUGGCGACCAUGACGAACCGUCGCCUCGUUUGGUGCCAACGUCGAAUGUUAGCCCGCCAGAAUCGCGCCCCUAUAGAGUACAGCAGCCGAUGGAGGCCACCAGCAGAUCAGUUACGCCGUCCCAGCUGGCCGAGCCGAUGAUCUCAAUCGGCGCCAUCGACAACAGUCUCUCAUGGCCGUGGAAACAUCCCGAUGCCUGGCGAAGCUUCCCGUUUGGCUGGCUCUUCCUGCCAGUGUCCCUCAUCGGCCAACCGUUUUCUCAAAAGACGAGGGAUCACUUUUUACCCCUCCUUACGUCCAAACAGUGGUGGAGUGAAACGCAAUUGGAAUUACGAAAAGUUUUCAGCCAGGAUGCAGAUUUCCAAGAACGAAUGUUUGCGAGGCAAAUUGCGGUUAUGAAAGGGCAGGCGUGGAACGUGGUCGAAACUCUAAAGACGACUGAUCAUGGGCCACUGGAGUUGACCAGAAGGGCACGUGUGUGUGUAUGGGAUGACUUGGUCGACAUUCCCGUGGCAGUUCCCAUGCGAGUACCGUCUGCUGAAAUGCGGAGAAGGCAUGAGCGCGGCCUUAAUGGGGGUCUUGAGGAGGAGAUGGAUAUUAGUGCUGCCAACUCCUCAGCUCCACAGCCGGACCUUCUUGGUUUAUCGUCUCCCCCGGCGGAGCUACCGAAUCCAAAUCGAUUCGAACUAGCCAGCCCUCGCCCUAGUGAAGAGGUAUCUGGUUUUGAAACCGAUGAUUCACAUGCGACGGGAAUGAAUGAUCACGCCCAGCGGAAUAUUUUCAAAAAUGGCGAGACAAAAUUUUCUGGGCGGCCUCAGCCAGGCCACUCACGAUCCCGCAUGAGCUAUGAUGGAUUCCCGAGGCCAUCGCUAUAUGCCCCACGCCGCGAGAGUAGAAGGUUUUCUGUCUCGAGCAGAAGCCGUAUGCCAAUGUUAUAUGAUGGGGAUGAUGCCGAGGGUGACCUAGGGUAUGCAGCAGCCGAAGGGAUGGAGGGCCACCAUCGAAAGGUUAUUGUAGAACGUCUAGAAACAGUGAAAAGCAAGAAUCCGGUAUUUACAUGGUGUUAG